CAAUAUUGUAUAGAAAUAUCUCCUCGUCCUCAGUUGAUAUUCUACCGUCGACUUAUUGCCUUCGUGUGGAGUGUUGUUGUUCUCGCUAUUUGGUGUUGUAGAUCGUGCUAGAACCCAAAAAUAUAUAAUUUUCAAUAGUUCUCGUUAAAACUAAAUUGAAUCGAAAAACAAUUGAUAAAAUGCCUGGAAAUAAGUCAUAUGAAACACCAAAGGACUUCAUCAAUCCCGGAUUACCAUCAAAGUGCACCUGGCAUUUGGGAACUACUGAAAAAUCUCCACACUCACACAAGGAUAUUCCACACCGCACAAAGAUCACACCUGACAUCGUCAGUGUCAUAGGAUGUACCCCGUUGGUCAGAUUAAAUAACAUUCCCCAGGCAGAGGGCAUCAAGUGCGAAAUGUAUGCCAAAUGCGAAUUCCUAAACCCUGGUGGUUCAGUCAAGGAUCGCAUAGGUUAUCGAAUGGUUCUGGAAGCCGAAGAAAAAGGUCUUCUCAAGCCUGGAUACACUGUGAUUGAGCCGACUUCAGGAAAUACCGGUAUUGGUCUAGCGAUGGCUUGCGCUGUCAAAGGCUACAAAUGUAUCAUAGUAAUGCCAGAGAAAAUGUCAAAUGAAAAAGUUUACGCCUUGCGUAUAUUGGGAGCCAAAAUUAUUCGUACUCCUACUGAAGCACCUUUCGACUCACCUGAAGGUCUUAUUUGUGUUUCUCAACGAUUGCAAAAGGAAAUCAAGAAUUCCAUUGUGUUGGAUCAAUAUCGCAACCCUGGAAAUCCUUUAGCACAUUACGAUGGAACUGGUGCUGAAAUUCUCUGGCAAUUAGACAACAAAGUCGAUAUGGUAGUUUGCGGGUCAGGAACUGGUGGAACUAUUGCUGGAAUUGGUAGGAGAAUCAAAGAACAAGUUCCUUCCUGUCAAAUUGUGGGUGUAGAUCCGUUUGGAUCUAUUCUGGCACGUCCCGAACACUUGAAUGAGAGUGAUGUGCAAAUGUACGAAGUUGAGGGAAUCGGGUAUGAUUUUAUUCCAACAGUUCUCGAUCAUUCAGUGGUAGAUCAUUGGGUGAAAUCUGAAGACAAAGAGAGUUUCCAAAUGGCACGACGACUUAACAGAGAAGAAGGCAUUCUUAGUGGUGGAAGCAGUGGCACAGCCCUUUCUGGUGCAAUCAAGGCCGCCCGCACCCUUAAGGAAGGUCAACGUUGUGUCGUAGUUCUCCCCGAUAGUAUUCGCAAUUACAUGACAAAGUUUGUCUCGGACAACUGGAUGGAGGCGAAGGGUUUCAAGGAAGUUGUGAACGAGCACAAUCAUUGGUGGUGGAAUCAUACAAUCUCAUCUCUAGACCUUACAUGUCCGACAGUGACAAUUGAUUCAUCAACUACCAUUCAAGAGGCUAUUGCAGUAUUGAAGAAGCAUAACAUUCAACAAGUUCCACUCGUGCAUAAGGACAGCGGGUCAAUCUUAGGUGUGGUUAACCAAGAAACCCUCAUAAACCAAAUAGUAAGCAUGAAUCGACAAAACACGGAUCCAGCUAUUAAGGCGUUGAACAAAAAACCUAUAGUUGUAACGUCAAAUGCAAUUUUGGGAAAAGUUGCACGAGUUCUUGAGGUUGAGACUUCAGUUCUUGUUGUAGACAAAGUCGAUGAAAAAGAUAUGCUGAAAGGAAUCAUAACUAAGUUGGAUGUACUUAGUUUCAUUUCACAAGGACCAGUUAAGGCUUCCAAUGGAACUACAAGUAGUUAAAGAGAUCUGCCUUCAAAAGAAACUGGAAUAAGACUAAAAUCACUUCGGAAUGCAUUUUUUUUAAUUUAACUAAAUUUAUAUUUUUUGAAUACGCCUACAUGCAUAUAUUUAAUAAAAAAUAUAUAUACUAA